AUGGGGAACUCGCCUUGCUCGAGAAGGGAACAGCUUGAAGUCAGCCCAGAAGUUUUGGUUUGUCGAUUGAAACGGGCUGCUUACAAAGGCUCUAAUAAGCAUCUUCGGGAGCUUUUGAAAGCUGGUGCACCUAUCGACGGUUGUCACAAAUACGGGAAGACUGCGCUUCACGAAGCCGUGAGGCACGGUCAAAUUAGAUGUGUUGAAAUACUUCUGAACUAUCGGGCCAACGUAAAUAUAUCAACGUAUGAUGGACUUACACCGCUACAUGAGGCUGCCGAACAAGGCUUUGUAGAUUGUUUGGUAGCACUUAUAAAUCAUGGAGCUGAGAUAAACGCCGCGACUAGAAGUCAGUGGACGGCACUGCAUUAUGCUGCAAGGAACGGACAUAGGGACUGUUUAGAAGUCCUUUUACAACAUGAGGCUAAUGUAAAUGCAACCGCAAACGGAGGCUGGAGACCUUUGCAUACGGCUGUUCGUCAUGGGCACACAACGUGCGUUGAACUCUUACUCCGCUAUAACGCCGAAGUAGACCCUCCUUUGGUGCCUUCGUAUCGGGUAAGAAAAACGUGCGAUUCACGCUCUGCACUUCUAGAGCGUAGUGCUGUUUCAUUGAAUUGUCGUGAUUUUAUCGAAGUUGAACGUUCUUGCACAGUAUCAAAUCUGCAUUCUGCCCCGUGUUUAUUAGCUGGGCGAUAUUUUUUUGUGUUCGGGCAGCGCAGUUGGGGGGAGCUGUGAAAGCUCUAAAUUUCAAAAGGAGGACAUGUUUUUUGCCGAUCCGAACCAGCUUAAAAGAAUCGUAGCAUCGCAUUAACAAGGGUGAUUGUGAACUCAAGCGUUGAUCUUGAACCGAGAAUCAAGGAUUUUUUCUUUCGAGAAGUGUCAAUCGGACAAGCAUAUGUAAAGCUUCGAAUAACCGUGAUUGAACAGUUCAGAGAUGCCCGUAAUCGAGUAACCCUAUAAUUUUAAUUGCAGUUACAGAAGUUCUGUUUAUGUUUUAAAAAGGUCGUAUUCUCCCCAGGAGACGGAAAAUUCUCGUGUAGUCGUACUCCUCAGCGGGCGAAUAACAUGGCAAGAACGAUUUUUCUUUUUUAAAUCGCUCCACUCGCCCCACAGGCUCAAAUCGCUUUAUUCAAAACAAAAAUUGACGUGUUGUAAUUAAUUUUUUGACCGACUAGGUAUUACGUUUCUUUUGGGCUUCGUGUCGAAAUCUUUUAUUCUAUUUCUAAAUAGAAGACACUCUGUUAUUUUGAAGAGCUGUUGGAUUUUCAUUUAUCCGUAUUUCGAGUCUGGAAGUCUUAAAGACAAAAAUCUGUCUCCAUCAAGUCUGUCCAUAUUGGAAGUUCAUUGUAUUCUGUGACAGGCUGCGCUAAAUAUAAUCCCUCAUAUCUUCAUACCGCGAAAAACUUAUAAUAGGCUUUGGAUUAUUUUCUCUCGAGUCAUUUACGGCGGAGAAUUUAACGGCGAUGUGUUCAUAUACCCUCAGGAGUGCGUCGCCGAGGCUAGGGUAUAUUUUGAUAGAAUUCAAUUUGUCUGGAUAAAAUCCGCACUGGAGUCCGAGGGCCUCGACAGCGAUUGUUUUUUAUACGCACAAUUCAUAGUUUCUCCCUUAGUAUUCACAAAAUAUGUCAUAUUUUUGAUUAAUGGCCAAGGGCCAAUUGUAUUCUGGUGAAUCUCAAACUUCUCGCUAAGCAUCUGGUUUUAAUUUACCCAGCGAAAGAAAAUUUGAAAUGUACAUUUAUUUCGUUGUUGUUUUUCAAUGAUUGAGACGUAACUUUUACGCUGAUCUUUUGAAACAUUUAACCAUUUUUUUCAAGUGGUCCGAAGCUAAAGAAUGUUACGAGGUGGGGUAACAGCUAUAUUACUUUCAGUUAUUCACGUUUCUAGAGCCUGUGAUGGCCAUCCCAAGAGUGUUCAAGGACUCAAAAAUUGUCUUUUUUUCUUCCGACUUUUGGAUUGCUUAAUUCGGCGGUCGUGGCGUAAAUUACAGAUACUUCUGUUGCUUUUCGGCUCAUAGUGGGCCAGGAUACAAUCAAGGCAAUGAACAAGAAAGGCAGUUUUGCCCUGCAUCACAAAAGGAUGGUUAGAUUGUUAUCUUAUAGCAGAUAAUAAAUUGUGCUGCCAUGGUAUAUGAGUUCCUUAUCAGGACGAAUGUGUAAGUUAUGCCAAAAAUUUAGCCCCCCAGAUUGCUUGACCCAGCUUCAAAACCCUUACUUCUUUACUUACACCUUCUUCUGAAGACUCAAAUUUAGUAACAAGGUGUUAUGUUAUCCCAAUAUUGAAAGGUAAUCAAGAUGUCGCAGAGACCAUUCAGUGUACAGUUUCAGCCCCUGAGGACACAUAAUUCACAUAUGCUUGAUCAUGUUCACCAGAACCAUUCAUCACAAGGGUUUUAAUAUUUUAGAGUGCUUAGCAGUUUUUAACAAGGUCUUAUCUUUGACUGGGCAAUAUUGCUUCUUGGAUAUACCUAACUAACACAAGAUUGGCUCGUUUUCCAUUAAAAAUCUUGUCUUUUUCUCCUCCAAUAAUAAUUUUUCGUCAUGUUAAAUUCUGAACAUGUGCCAGAGAGAGAUAAAUUUGCAUUUUUUGGAGAUAGUUUAGGGUGGCCUUAAGUUAGAACCAUCUGCCAGCCUGACAGGUGAAAUAUUAUACAAAUUAGCUCCUUAUUGUGUAAAAGACUUCCCUUGUUUUAUCAUCUUUAAAACUUUGAAAGUUGUGUUCAUAGCUUCUGCUAGUUGAACAAACUGCUCUGGUCUUUACUCUUGAUUAACCUUUGCCGAAACCUCCCUGGAGUGAAAUUAAUUCCCUUACUCGCUUUACACAAUGAGUUAAUUGCUGCAAACACCUUCUCAUGCAAAGAAAUUAAUUUUGUUUAACAGUUGACACUGCAGCAGUUGAUCGGUUUGGAUGUGUUGUACUUAUUUUUGCUCUCUUUGUGUUCUUCAUGGUUUUUUUACUCAUUUCCAUGAUUUUAAUAACACCACUGAGGAAAAUUUACAUCACAUGUAAAUUCUUUGAGAGACAAUUGAAAGAAAAUUGAGAAGGAAAAUUAUUUUAGAAUUUAUUACGAAAAUUUCACCUGGAGAUGGGAGAAAUCUUUUUAAAAAAAUUGUAAGUUAUAGAAUCAAGUUUUUGACUACUUGAUGUUUUCAUAAAUUAAGUUUUGUUAAUUCUUUAAUUUCAGUUGGAUCUUUACUGAUUUCUUGGUAAAAUUCUAAGGGUGAUUGUAAACCAGGCAGUGUUUAUUAUGCAAAAUAUUGAUAGUGAGUAGAAUCCAGUUGGCUAUGUUUUGUCUAGCCUUGUCACAACACUUGAGUACAGGAAAAAAAUAUUAUCAAGUGCAUGUCUGCUGCUAACCAACUUCAGACUGUUUUGUCGUAAAACAAACCAGCAGCUACCCUUUAAUAGAAACUAAAUAUUCUCAUGUUGUAAUGUCCCAGGUGUAAAAGUGCUCAUCCAAUUUGAAUAGCUGAAUGAGUUGAAACUCUGCAGAGGCAUACAAGCUUUGUGCUGAAAUCAUGUUGAUUGGUUUAAUAAAUUCCUGAGGUUAGAGUUCUUAAUAAUCUUAAGAAUUCAGAUGGUUAUCCCAGCAAACAUCACGUCAUUGUUGCAGUAUAUUUCUCUCUUUUUUUAUUGUUCUGUAGUCCCUAAUUUCAACAGAAAGAUUAUUGAGUCUUUGUUAAUGUCACUGAAACUGUUAAGUGAAUUAGAUUUUUAAUUUUCUCAUCUCUUAAAGUGCUACUGGCCAUAUGUUGAAUUUGUGGCUGUUAAGCUAUUUUUAGGAAAAACAUAUUCAAGGUCAUUUGUUUCUUCAAGGGUCAGAAUUAAAACACUCUAUACCUUUUCUGUGGUUUUGUCGCAGAGGACAGAUUUAUCCAGUUGAAGUGUUCCCUGUGCACUCAUAGCUAAGGCUAUUGUCUGGAAGUUGUAAAGUAACUUUUAACAACUUGAGGAGGAACCAUUCUGUUAUCAAGCUUCCUGUCAGCUGGUUGUUAAAUUUGUAUAUCCAAUUGAUUUCGUGUGCAGCUGGUAAACGCUUAAGGAAAAUUUUGAACAGUAAUCUUUUGAUCCUCAAAAACUGUCAAAAAUUCUACCUUGGAUUACAUUGUAGUCUUGUAAUGACAUAAUUCUGUCUGGGGAUUUUUGUUUCAUUUAGUGACUAAGCACUUAAGUGAAGUUGUGAUGCUUUUUCCGUAUUAUUCCAUAUUCAAAGCUCUAGGAAGCCUUUUUUUCAUAUAUCAGAAAUCAUUUUAGCAUGUUUUUUUUUUCUUUCCAUAUCACUAUUGAUUUUGUCAAGUAGGAGGUUAUGACUGGUGAACCGCAGAGUUUUUUGUUUUCAUUUUGUUAUUGUUUUGUUUUGUUUUUUUUUUUAGGUCUGGGUUUUGUUCAUCAUGAUAGUUAUCAGUGCUUCUGGUAUUAAACUUCAACCUUUUAACUCCCCAGAUGCAGAUAUAUAAUAACCUUACAUAUUAUGACCUUAUAUGCCCUAAAAUCAGUCUGCAAAUUUGUAAUACUCUUCUCUACAUUUCUAUUUUGGUAUCAACAGGAAGAAUUUUGUUCAGGGACUUAAACCAAGAGGUUCUUUAGUUGGCGAUCAUGUUCUUUAUUCUCAUUACCUUGAUUUUGAUCCAAACCAUGACAGUGUGAGGAUGCUAGGCACCUUUGGGGUUUAGGGAAAAUUCUCUGCUCUGUCUGCUGUACGUUUCUCGUAAUUUGAGCUCUGAAAAUUUUUUGUUGUAAAAGUCAACCAACAUCCUUUUUUGAUAUGUUUCUCUCUUUUCUUCAACCUUCUUCUUGAAGAUACAUUGAUAAGUUAGGGAGAAAUUCCAUUUUGGUCUCUCUUGGCAGUGAAAGGGUUAAGUAACAUCUCUGGUUGAACAAUGCAGAUAAUGAAAGAGAAAAAAGGAAAGUUACGAGAAACGAUUUUCAACUGAAUUGAAAGCUUUGUAUUAAAAAUUGUUUAAAAACAUUCUUUUGGGGGGCAAAUUUAGAAAAUGGGGCAUGUAUUUUUUAGUUUGAAUGUGUUGAAACCUUCAGCCAGAUCUAUCUAUUCUUAAUGAAGGGAGUAGGUUUCUAAAGAAACUGUGGUGCCACAUCAGUGGGAGGGUAAAAUAAGAUAAUUUAGUAAUAUCAACUGAGUUGAUAAGGUAAAUUGGCCUAUGUUAAGAGUUUCAAUGAUGUUUCGAGGAUUAGCCCCUUGUCAGAGCAAAGGAUACUUAGGUUAUUAAAAUAUUGUGAAUGGAAUGGGCAAUUCAGUCAGUAAGUAGGAUCACUAAAACUGUUCUACUUAUUUCAGAUUCUUCAAGUCCCACUCCACCAUGCAGCAGAAUAUGGACAUCUAGCUUGCUUAGAGGCUCUUCUAAGGCAAGGCGCAGAUGUUAAUUCUAAGACCGCGGAAGGCUGGACAGCAAUGCAUUCAGCAGCGCUCUACGGCCGCACAUCAUGUGUGGAAGCACUGAUCAGGUACUUAUUUGCUAGGCCAUUAACAGGAGUAUUAACUUUUGUAAUAGUUACCAUUUCCCCAAUUGUGAAUUGUAGAUGACAUGUUCCAAAGCUGUUUCUAGAGCUUUUCGUUUUGCUUUUGUCAACGAUUGUAAUGGUUCAGGGUUUAAAGAUUGGAAUUACAAGCCCUUCCUUUAAUGCAUACAUUAGAUUUUCUUGGAAUUUGUAAUGGUUACAUGUAGGAGUAAUUGGUAAUGGGACUUAACAUUGUCAGAUUUGGUCAGAAAUCAUACUUGUGAUAAAAAAAUCAUUAAUCAACCUGCUUGGAGGCAAUCUUAUCAUAUAUUUGAUACAUUUAGAGACUGAAUUUUGCUCCAUUUAAAUGUAUAACCAUUGGUGAUUAGUGAAACUGUCAGUCAAGUCAGUUGUUCAAAGAAAUUUUGCAUAUGUCAGGGAAUUUAAAAAAUACUUGGUUGUGGCAGCCUUUUAUUCUCUGUGAAAAUUUAUUGUUACAAUUGAUAGAAAGUUAUUGUACACAUUCCCACUUUCAUUCGUACACAGAGCUGCAAUUUCUGUUUACAGCUUCAAUUUUUACAGAAUCAAAUUUGAAAUGUUAUGCAGCUUUUCCAGUGUUCUUAAGAAAAUUUAUCAUUAUUGUAAGUGUAUUUGGUCACCAUUGGGGUCAGGCUUGUCUUGAAAAUGACUUUUUUAGUGAGAGUUGCUGAAUUUGAGGCAACGUUAUUGAUUUGGUAGCUCUCAAAGCUUGAGUUAUUUUUGAUGCAUAGUGUUCAAUGACAGUCAUGGAUUAUUGUGUGGAGACUGAAGCAGUGCCCUUCAGUGAUUUGAGAGGAGAUUUCCACCUUUACAAGAUCUAUUCUUGAAACUCAUUUUCUACCAAGCUGUGAAUGUGCCAAUUGAAAAAUGCGAAUGUUGAUUCAAUCUCAUUUUUUAAGAAAUAUGUGUGCAAAGAAGUAUGACUCUAGACUGGGUGACAGAAUUUUAGGCUGUGAAUGUUGCACAUUCUUAUUUCUUCCUGAAUUUAGGAUGAAAAUUGUGUACAGAUAACCAUUAUUUAAUUGCUAACAACAGUAUUUCUGGAGUUGAAUUAGUAGUCUGUGAGAGUUGCAUCAAAAUAAAGCAACUUUUAGCAAAUAUGUUUUGAAUAAAAAUAUCUCAAAGUUCUGCAGCUUUUUUAUAUCUUUGAUAGAAAAACACUGUGCUGCUAAGAGAAUUGUCAAGGAAUCUAUUGAAUAAGAUUGAUGGCUUCUUGUUUAGAAGUGUUACCUACAAUAAUAUCUCUAUAUUAGGUAUGGAAAGAAUGCAAUCCUCUUACAAAUUCAUAUUGUUCAAGUAUUUCUAAGUUGUUUUCUUUUUUACUAAGUUAUGAAAAGUGUUAAUUUUAGAAAUUUAAGCGUCAAGCUGAAAUUCAGUGAUUUAAAACUGUGCACAAUGAAAGUUCCACAUCAAACGCCUUUCAUUAAAUGGUGAAAAGUUUUGUAUUUUUCAAAGACUUGCUUUGGUAAGCUUCUUCGGUGGAAAAUUUAUAGUUGUUGGGCCAGUUUUCUAUGUAAAUGUUCACACUAAAACCUGUUCUAUUUGCUUUUAAAUCAAAUAGCAUUCAUUUUGAUCAGCAAUGGAAACUUCUGCCUCUAUAAUACAAUUUAUGAGUGUUGACUUUGAUCAGUUACUUGUCAUGCAAAUUUGUAUGCAUCAAGUGGCUUUCUUUCAAAUAAGAUUAUUUUUACAAAGUAUAAAGUGGUCAAAUUACAUAUCAAAUGGACUAUUAAUAUUCUCUUUGUAAACACUUUUACUGAUGUGAAGGCACUAUUUCAGGUUAAGAGAAGGUUUUUUCCCACCAGGCUUAAGUUUGAUAGCCAUUUUUAGAGUAGAUGGUGGGCUAUAUUUUCAUGAAAGAAGGAAAUUGUUUUAGAUUUGCAUUAAUCCGUUUGUCAUUAUAACCGAAACACUCUUAAGGUUGUCUGCAGGUAAUGAAUUAUCCUUACUGUUGAGAAUUGGUUUAUUUCAGUCUCUUGGCAAAGCGUGGUAGGUUGAUUUGAGAAAAUAAAAAAAACUUACAUGGCUUGAAGAUUUCCUUUUAUGUUUGCAAGAGAAAAACAUACCAUGUUAGUCAUUGGAAGAAGGCAUUCGUAUGUGCAGACAGGGAUUUAGCAAGACGUCUGCUUUGUCAUGCAAUGGUAGAAAGUUGAAUAUGUCAAAGGACAAACAGUUCUACUUUAACAUGUAUCACAAAGUUUUUAUCAAACAGUCAUUGCUGAUCAAUUGGUUCUUUUUAUUCUUGUAACAAAAAUUCGAAAGAAUUGAAUUGUGAAAUGAAUAAAUUAAGGCCAUGAUGUAUUGAUAGGAACAAGUCUGGCAGAGAAUGAAGAAGAUUAAUACAGAUUUUAAAACUAGAGGCUAUAAAUGGUCACAUUCACAGACUUUGACCUGCAGCAUAAACAGAAAUUUUUGUCUUUCUUCCACAAUAAAUUUAUCAGUUGCUCUUUGGUUUUUUUUAGUUCUGUCUGCUAUAUUAUAGUGUGACAAAAUAUAUUUUUUUAGAUCCUAACUGAAAGGGCUGUGAUUGAAAAACCUCAGGGAAAAAGCUUGUUUUGUAUAAUACCAGAAAUAUGUCGACUAAUCUUGUCUCUAAGGUAAUAUCGCCUCCUUGCAAAACAUUUUUAAAUUAACUUCUCAGUGUUUACUUUCAUGUCAUCAGGGGGCAGCAAGCUAAGUGAAAUGUCUGAUUAAAAUGGUGUUUUAUUAAUUAGAUGUUUUUCAAUGCAUUUGUGUUGCUAGAGUAAAAAUUAAUUUGGAAAAGACGAUGUCAUUUUACUUGACACUGAGCUCUGCCUGAAUUAUUCUGAAAUGUGGAGAAAGAACUUCAAGCUCUAACUCUUCCUUGUAGUUUCUGUAGUCUGUGAUAUGUAUUUCUUAACCAAAGAGAUAAAGCUUGAAUUUAAAUAAUUUGUUUUCGCUGUUCAAGUCCUUUUUCUUUUUCUUCUUGGUUUGUUUGUUUGUUGCAAGAGGCAGUUAUUAUCAAGGUUAAAUUUCAAACUUUGAAGUGACUAUGAAGCAGUAAAUAAAAUUAAUGUUAUUGCUGAGUAUUCAACAAAAAUUUAGUAGAUUUGAUAUUAAGGUUUGUUGUGUCAUAUCCAUUAAUUAAUCUUGAAACAAGUUUGGUUGCAAAUUUUUACAACAACUUUUAACCCUUUCACUCCCAAGAUCUCGUUAGUAAUUCUCCUUACUAUCUGCCAUACAAUUCUUAUGAUGUUAGUUCAGAGAAUUUAGUAUUGGAUCAACUAAUAAUCCCAUAAUUGAUAUCUCAUCUCAUCACCUACCUGCUUGAUAUUGUAUUGAUAUUGUAAGGAGAAAUUCUGUCUUGGUCACUUGUGGGAGUGAAAGGGUUAAUGUUUUUAUAACAUCUCCAGAAAGUCAACAGUGGAUAAACUUGGUUAUAGAUAUAAAUGUGAAAGAAAUGUAAAAAUAGCCUACUUGAUGGUGACAAAGAGUAAUUCAGCUACUUCUAAUUUCAACAGAUAUGGUGCAGAUGUGAAUGCAAAGACAAUAUAUGUAACACAAGGGACAUCUUACAACGACACUCCUCUACAUUUGGCUGCUCGUCAUAGCCACACAAUGUGCAUCAAAAGACUUAUACAGGCUAAUGCCAAUUUAUGGACUAAAAAUUGCCUUGGACUAACAGCCGAAAGGUUUGUUACAGAUUCAAGGGUGCAGGAUUGGAUGGAAAAUAUCCGAUGCAGACCCAGGUCUCUACAACUGCAGUGUUCUGCAGCAAUCAGAAACUAUGUAAAACAUGACAAAACAAAAAAUGCGGUGAAGCUGCCUCUUCCUCCACAUCUUUUAAGACAAGUACUUUUCGAACAAGACAUCAAGAUUGUCUAGCAUAAAAUGUUAUCGUUAGUACUUCUACUAUCAAGAAUGCUGAAAUUCAAAGCCCUGGUUAUGCAACGAAAAUCAGACCCACGAGUUUUGAUUAGCAUGAUGCAACCUUGCUAUGACUCAAGGCAAUACAAUGUGGCUCAAGAAUGAUUUAUUUAUGGCUAUGGUUACAGCUUUAACUGAAAGGUGCCCCUGCAGCGCAAUUCUUUGCUGGUCGUAGUUUCAACUCAGUCAUGGAGUUUAACCAUAAAGAACAACUCUAUAGUCAUCUCAAGUAUUUAAAACUUCAUCAGUUUAUAUUCUUUCAAAUUUUCAGUUUUUGUGUUCAUGUGACAUCAUCCAGUUUGGGUGACACAUUCAGUUUGAUUUGUUUUAAGAUCAGUUUUGAUAUUCUGAUGUACAGUUUACUGUACAUUCAGCUUAUUUUUUCACAUUUGAAAGUUCACAAGCUUUAUUUUACUGAAGUUACACUUUUCACACCUUAGUCAGGGAGUUGGUUUUAGUUUGGUAUGAUUAUCUUGAAAAACUACCUAUUUCUACAUCUUUUGACAAACCAACAUCAAUCCCUUGACUCCCAAGAUCUGAUUGGUAAUCUUCUCCUGACUGCCUCAUUUUUGUUGUGAAUUGGACACAAGAAUUUGGUAUGAUGUCAAGCUCACACCCUCUAGCUGACAAACUUGUUUGUUCUCAUCCCCUACAUUAAGGGUGGUCUAUUAAAAUUGUGAAGAUAUCUUACUUAUUAAUCACUUCUGGGAGUCAAAUAAUUCAAGUAUUACACAAUCAACCACACUUGCAGUUAUGUUAAGUUGCCUAAUGGUUAUGGCAUUGAAUUUUAGUCAACUGGUGAAGUAAAACUUUGGAAAGGUAUGCAGUGAUAUCCACAGUACUAAUGACAGAUUUAGACAGGGUCCUUAAAAAAAAUUUUGACAACUUUUCUGACAACACCUUUUUUGCAUUUUAUGGGCUCCACAAAAUGCAAAACCAACAAGAAUUGAAAGAGUUUCAGAGAUAGAGACAAAAUUUUCUUCCUUCAACGCUAAAUCAAAGUAACAUCAAUGUGUCAUUUCUUUAAAAAUGAUAUGUAUACAUAUUGUAACGAAUUUUAAGUCAAAAUAAUCGUAAACACUUUGAUUUUGUUUUUCACUUUUUGCUAGGUACAUAUCCACAAUGUUGAAACAAAGAAUAAUACCAAUUAAUGUAAUGUGAAAUAAUUUCAACCUGGAGUCAUUUUAAAUUACUCUAUAAAUAUCCACCACUUAUCUCUUUUUCAAAUUUGACAGAAUGUAUGAUCAGGACAUGUGCUCCAAUUAAGCAUUUUUGCAAAGAAAUUUUGCAAAUGUUGUUAAAAAGUUGGAGGAAAGAUGUGAAAAAUGAUGAAAAGAAUUUGUCAACUAACAAAGGUAGUAGUAUCAUUACUAUAAAUGAUAAUAAUAAGUUUCAAUUUUGGUCAUGCAAAAACAUGUCUUUAAGUCCUAUCUAGAAGACCAGAAUCUACAGACUUUAGAAAGGAAGAUAACUUUAAAUCUGAAUCUCUUUAUGUGGCAGGAAGUAAGUAUAUUUUGUGUCCCUCUCUCAGAUGAUCAAGGUGUCAGAAUUUUGUUGUGUAAUCCUAAGGUUGCAAAGUAUAGAGAAAUUUUUAUUUUUAUCUUUGAAUGGUUGUACUUAAUGGCUGGCCAGGGCUGCAGGCGCAAAUUGGGAGCCUGGAACAGAAGUGACACUGUCUCAUUUCCAGUCCUACUCCUAUUUUGCUUCACUUGCAAACAAGUUAAAAAAAUUAUUGCAUUUAUAACGUUCCAUACAUUUGAUAUACUUCACAUAUGAAUUAAAUGUUUGUCUCCUUUUUAAAGAGACAACGGCGAGAAAAACGAAAUUGUUACAAAUAAAGUAAGAUAGCAAAG